AAGACUGUUGCAGAGGAUAACUGCAGACAUCAACAAGAUAAGAGCUAUCUCUCUCUCUCUCUCUCGCUAGCUCGCUUGCUUUCCAUGAUUCUUUGCACAAUUUCACAGCCCAGCACUGCCACAACAAUGCUCUCUCUAAAUCCCACCAAGCCACUCUCGCUCUUCCACUCACAACUACAGUCUGGUUCUCCAUUCCUGAACCAGAAACAACAACAACCACCAUCUCGCCUGCUUCACCUACGCAACGUCAAACCCACCACCACCACACUCUCAGUUACCGCAGCUACUGCAGGCACUGGCAGCGCCGCCUCAUCAACCCCAUCCAAUAACCAAGUCUACCAACCCUUCCGCCCACCUCCCUCCUCUGUUCCCUCCCAAUUCCGCAAUCUCGGAACCGACGGCCGUCUCGAAGUCCUCCAGAACCGUCUGGGUCUCUGGUUCGAGUACGCCCCACUCAUCCCCUCCCUUUUUCAGGAAGGCUUCACUCCUUCCUCCAUCGAAGAAGCCACUGGCAUUUCAGGCGUCGAACAGAACCGCAUCGUCGUCGCUGCCCAAGUACGCGACACCCUCGCUCAAUCCAACUUCGACCCUGAAACUCUUUCCUUCUUCGACAACGGUGGCGCCGAGCUCCUCUACGAGAUCCGCCUCCUCAACGCUGCUCAGCGGGCCUCCGCCGCUGCUUUUAUCGUCCAGAAUCGCCUAGACGCACGCGGAGCCAAUGAGCUCGCUCGGGCUAUGAAGGAUUUCCCUCGAAGACGCGACGACCAAGGUUGGGAGAGCUUCACCUAUGCCUCCCCAGGCGAUUGCCUCUCUUUCAUGUAUUUUAGGCAAAGCAGAGAGCACCGGGAUCUGUCGGAUCAGCGGAAGUCGGCGCUUGAACGAGCAUUGGAGGUAGCAGAGACGGAGAAUGCGAAACGGAGGGUUCUGGAUGAAUUGGAGGCGAAAUCUGAUCAGGGAGAAGGAAAAGGGGAACUUGGGGUUAGGAUUAAGGUUCCGGUAGUGAGGUUGAAAAUUGGAGAGGUUGCGGAGGCCACGUCGGUGGUGGUUUUGCCCGUCUGCGAAGCGGGUGAAGGAGAGAGAGGGGUGCUGGAAGCUCCUGGGGAGUGUAGAAGCGAAGGUGAGUUUGGGGUGGUGGUGGCUGAGAAAGGGUGGAGAAGGUGGGUGGCUCUGCCGGGAUGGGAGCCCGUGGUGGGACUAGCGAAAGGGGGAGUGGCGGUGGCGUUUGGAGACGCGAGGGUUUUGCCAUGGAAGGUGAAUCGGUGGUACAAGGAGGAAUCAAUUCUAGUGCUGGCUGAUAGAGAGAAGAAAGAAGUGGAAGCUGAAGAUGGGUUCUAUCUCGUUGCAUCUGUAGCAGAUGGUCAUGGUGUUCUAAAGGUGGAAAGAGGAUCAGCAUUGAAGGAGUUGGGUGUGAAGCAGUGUUUGGGAAAUGUAGUUUUGGUGGUUAGGCCUCCUAAGGAAAAAACUGAUGAUCAACUGCAGGAUGAUGAUUGGGAGUGAGAAUGAGAAUUAAAGGCCAAUACAGAGAAGGGUUUUUUUCAUUCUUUUCCCCUUCUCCUCAUUUAUAAAUGGAAUAAGUUGAAGUUUAGUACCUGAUGGACACAAGUCACACAGCAAUGCCACACUUUUGAAGGGGUGAUUAGAUAGAGGUGCUUGGGAAUCAAUGAUUUGGUCUCAUUGUGAAUGUAAGCUACAUAUGAAUCCAAAUUUCCUCUUUUUUGUUUC